AUGGUUGUGUACAAGACAUUUGACUUAGCACAGUAUGCUAGAGAGUUGCAAGUCCUUUGGGACUUUCGCUUCGGGGACGAUGUCAAGAUUUUUUUGGACUCCAACACGCAAGUCGCGUUGAUUACGUCGAAAGGCAAAACAUACGAAGUUUCCUACACGCCGCGUUGCCUUCAAGAGCGGUAUGACCGCGCCGCAAUAAAGGCGCAGGGUAUCCUCCAACGUCGCGCGGAGGACUAUGCCACAGCUUUGAGGCAUUUCUUGAACGAGGUCGGGAUGAUUAGCCUCGACGAUCUUUAUCCUGCUUUCAGCACCGCAUCUCACGGCAAGGAGCUUGAGCUGAGUCGCGCAGAUAUGCCAAGCGCGAGCAUACCAGACCUGCUGCGCGCUCUUUUUGGGGAAGACUACAUUGAGUUCGUCCACAAGUCAAAACUCUAUGUUGGCCUCAGGUACCGGUCCUGGGAUCUCGACACUGCCUGGUAUAAUAAAAGAUACAAGGUGCAACACGCCCUUACCACAAUGUGUCUCGAUCAUCCGCAUGUCUUCGGUGAAUCACUCAAUGACUUGUUCAAGCUUCGCUUCUCAAUCAGCGAUAACAUGCUGAUUUCGAUUUCCUCAUCGUUCGUCACAAUUGACAUGCUCAACAUGGGCAGACGCAAUACUCUUCUCUUCGAGUUCAUGAAUGUGGAUGUUGACGCCUACAAGCUGGCGGAGAUAAACAAAGUCAAUGGUACUGGUCAAUCCCAGAUCAUAUACCGAGAUACCAUCAUCGACGCGGUAUUCUCCCCUACCAUCGUCAUUAACCACCACCAGGUACACGAAGGUACUCCGGAGGUGAAUCCUGGACCUGGAGGUGGAGGUGGACCUAAUGGGGCGCCACAAACUAUGUCCCCAUCUCCCGCAGCACCCCAAGUACCAGCUGAACCCAUCCCCGAGCCCGCUCCACAACCGCCGCCGGCACCCGCAGCAAAGCCUGGACCUCAGACGUCGAGUCAAGUACCUCAGAGAUCUCAAUGGGCCGAGUUGACGACCUUUGGGUUCGUGACGGGAGCGAGCGGGAUGUUUUCGCAGGCGGCCGAAGACGGAUAUACUCAAUCAGGCGGGUACUAUUGAGGCGCGAUAUCACAAAAAUGAAGGAGCUUGAAGUUUAUUUUUGGAAAUUUAUAGACAAAAAGGGUAAAAAUUGACCUCUUCUUUCCAAUUAGGAAGCUCUGAACAGUAUCGCUCUGUUCUUCCCAUUGUUGAGGACCAUCUUUUCGAUAAGAGGGUCAGCUAUCGAG